GCCGCCAUAGCCGCCCGCCUACCCCGACUUAACGUCUCCGCUGUCGGCUCCGCGCCGCCGCCAUGGCCGACGUGGAAGACGGCGAGGAACCCUGCGCCCUGUCCUCUCACUCCGGGAGCGCAGGCUCCAAGUCAGGAGGCGACAAAAUGUUCUCUCUCAAGAAGUGGAACGCGGUGGCCAUGUGGAGCUGGGACGUGGAAUGCGAUACGUGCGCCAUCUGCAGGGUCCAGGUGAUGGAUGCCUGUCUUAGAUGUCAAGCUGAAAACAAACAAGAGGAUUGUGUUGUGGUCUGGGGAGAAUGUAAUCAUUCCUUCCACAACUGCUGCAUGUCCCUGUGGGUGAAACAGAACAAUCGCUGCCCUCUCUGCCAGCAGGAUUGGGUGGUCCAAAGAAUCGGCAAAUGAGAGUGGAGGCUUUCUUAGUGCAUUUGUUUGGAGCCCUGGUGGAUCUUGUUAUCAAGUGCCCUACAAAGGCCAGAACACUCCAGGGAACUAAUUCUUCAAAUAGGAGGAGAUGGCUCUGUGGUCCUUUGGUACUCAUCAAAGGCAUGGCUUAGCAUUUUGUUUUAUUUUCAGAAAUUCUCUACAAUUAAGAAGAUAAUUUAUUAAAGAUGGUCUUUCCUACCUCUGUGGUAUGUAUCCCACACACUGCUUAGAAGUGCUUUAAAGGAGGAGAGAGCUACAAAUUUAAUGACUUUAUAAUUUGCUUAUUGGUAUCCCCGGGGGUUGUGGAAGUAGUUCCAUUCAGAAGAGAACUUGUUGCAUGCUUAUAGUUGAUCAGUUAAAAAAAAAAAAGACAAUGUUACAGAAACAAAUAAAGUGCAGUUUAAAACCCAACUCUUAUCCUUAAUUUGUUCCUCAUAUUUAUUUUUGGCUGGGAGGGGGUGAUUCAUGAAGUCUUUGUAUGAUAUAAUGAAAAUUUUAAGUUUGGACCAGUGGACAGGGUAAAUAAAAUUUAAUCUUCAGGCAUAUGGAAUUGUGGUUGUCUUUUAGGCUAUUAUCCUCUAUCUUUGGUUCAUCAAGAAAACCUAAAUCUGCACUCACCUCACUGUCCAAGCAUUGAAUGGUAAAGAACAGAAGUAUUUGUUCUGGUCAGAUUAUGUUGUUAUUUAACUGUUUUAGGUGGAAUGUUAAUGAGGGGAAAAUGUUUACCACUGUAGCACUGGGUCAAAAAGUUUAUUUUAUUACACAGUGUUUUAAUAAAUGGUUUAUUCUGUUUA